AUUCUCUUCGUGUGGUGGCAUUGUAAUUAGUGAAACAUAUUUUCGUCGGUAAUUCGUAAGUUUUGUGUUAAUUAUUAGAGAACCCCCUUCAUUAUGGUUGACGAAAGCACCCGGAAAACACUGAGCAGCAUUCCACUAUUACAAACAAAAGCGGGUCCCCGGGAUAAAGAUCUUUGGGUUCAGCGGCUGAAGGAAGAGUACCAAGCACUGAUCAAGUACGUACAAAACAACAAAACUUCCGAUUCGGAUUGGUUCCGGCUAGAGUCCAACAAGGAGGGCACCAAGUGGUUCGGCAAAUGUUGGUACGUUCACAAUCUGCUCAAGUACGAAUUCGAUGUGGAGUUUGAUAUUCCAGUAACAUAUCCAGCGACGGCACCGGAAAUCGCCUUACCAGAACUGGAUGGCAAAACUGCUAAGAUGUACCGAGGGGGAAAGAUCUGUCUGACGGAUCACUUCAAACCACUCUGGGCACGGAAUGUGCCCAAAUUCGGUAUAGCACAAGCAAUGGCACUUGGGCUUGCACCCUGGUUAGCCGUGGAAAUACCGGACUUGAUAGAGAAAGGCGUUAUCUCAUACAAAGAGAAAGGGGAAACCUCGAACUAGAUAUGACAUUUAUCCACUUUACGAUAUUGCUUAUUUUGUUUAACUAUCAUUAUGGUGAUGCAAAUAGAUAAUUUACUCAUUUUGGUUGCUUAUAAA